ACAACACGGUUUUUGCUGCUAAAAUACUCGUGAGUCGUGAACAUGUCGUCAAAUAAAAGAGGGACCUAAAUGGCUAAAUCAGCUAAAACACAAUUUACAGUAGUUACCCCAUCCCCAGUCCUCCCUUUCCAUUUCUGUGCACAUGAGUCGAUCCUCAGAGGUCAGUUCUUUCUAUCUUCAUCCCAUGCUAAUCACAACCUCCGGUCGAUUUUUGUCAGGGAACUUGAAUUUAAAAUAUUUUUCUUAGGAUGAACAGAUUAAAUUUGUAUUUGAUCUGUUGGAUCUUUGUAAAAAGUCAUUUAAGAACAGUAAAUUCUUAUUUGUUUGUAAAUUUGUAUGAAUUGGAGCUUAUAUCUAUUUUAUGUCUGAGCUGAUUUUAUCAUUGACGAAUUGGAGUUGUUUCUGGCAUAUCAAUUCUGAUUUCAUGAUGUGAAACCACAUUCAAUUGAAGCAAGUUUGUUCCAACUAACUUCUAACUUCCUCUAUAUGAAGGUCUCAGUUUUAUUACAUCAUUCGGAUUUUGUUGAGUUUCACCCUGCAUAUUCAGUCAAAUUUUUGCUAUAAUCAGAUGAUAGAGGGGACAUCAGAGAAUUUAUCAGUUGCUGUUGAAUCUAAUUGUGAUCCACCUGACCAUGAUUCUUCACUGUCUCGAAAAUCAGAUGGUGGGGAUACAUUGACAGAUUACUCGUCGUGUGAAUCAGAGUAUGAGAGGUACUGCAGUGCCAAUUCAGCCACAGGGACUCCUACUGUGUAUAGUUCACUAGUGACAACAGCAUUUCUUGAGUUCCCACAUAGCUUCAGACUAGGAGAUGAACAUCUUAAUGGUUGGAAUUUUGGAAGUUACAGGAAGUUAUCCGAAUCUCGCUAUCCCGGUCAUUAUUUGCAUGAAAAUGAAUUUUGUUAUCAAAAGAUUGCUGCAGAAAAGGAAUUGGUGGGGGUUAGCGGGAAAACAGAUUUAUAUGAAAAUGUAGAUUUAUUUUUUAUGCACAAUGAUAGUUUAAUAGAACGUCUUGACAUAUGCGGGGGAUCUGGGGUAAAUUUUGAGGAUUUACCUGUGAUGAGAAAUGUGGAAGAAGAAAAGUCUCACAGCCAUGGUUCUGAAGAGGUCAUGAACAUGGUUGUUGCUGUAAAAGAAGUUAAAAAUUCAGGGUCAUCUAUAAACAGCCAUUCAGAAGAUGAUCAUUCAAUAUUUGGAGGGGAGACAGACACAGAGGAGAAGAUUGAGUUAUAUUAUAGUAGUAAUUUACCACCUUUGAGCCAAAAGCAUGGUGAUCAUGACAAGAAGUCUUGUAUGAAUUCUUCUAUAGCUUUUGGCUCUGAUGAUUGGGAUGAUUUCGUCCAAGAAACUGAGACAAAAAGUGUUGGUUUACUGGUUCAAGAUGAUUUUCAGGCUGAUAGCAAUCAGAACUUUGAAGUUAAAACUGGUUGUUCGCCCACUGCUUCUAAAGUGCAACAAGAAGAGGCAAACAGCGUGCUUGUAACCAAUAAACCCAAGCAUACUAGUCCUUUGGGGUUUUCAGAUCUUUUAAAACAUUUUAAGGGAGAGCAUCCAAAAGUGUUGCAUACUCAAAACAAUCAGCGUUAUGUUGUUGAUGCAUUUUCCAAGUUCCUUAAGGAGUCUUCUGUUCAGAAUGUAUUGCGUAAAAACAGUGAAGGGAUUUCGGACCAGAGUCAUCAAUGCGAUAUAAACGAGGAAGAAAUUCGGACCAAUUCUUCUAGCAUGGAUUCAAAAAUAAAAACGUUGUAUGUGGAACCGCAUUUGGUUUCUGUUUCAGGAGAGCGUUCUGAAGAAGCAAAGACAGUGAACCUUGACCUAAAUGGAUUGUACAGUGAGAUUGUUCAUGAUAUGGAAGAAAUAUUACUUGAUUCUGGUGAACCCCCUGGAUUUGCUCUAGGAAACAAGAUAUAUCAGUCUUAUAUACCUCUCCUUUCAAGAGAUGGUGGUACUACUGCUUCAACUUGUAGUAGGGAUGAUGCUUCUCCUGUUAAUCAGCAACCUUGGAGGAUUAGGGGAAUAGAAGUCAUCGGGGCAAGGCAGAGAAAGGGGAAUGUUUCUCUCAGUGAGCGUAUUCUUGGAAUAAAAGAACACACCCUUUACAAAAUAAGGGUUUGGAGUGGAGAGGAAAAUUGGGAUGUUGAGAGACGGUUUCGUGAUUUUUCUACCCUUUACCACCGUCUGAAAAAGACAUUUGCAGAUCAAGGGUGGGUUCUUCCUCCUCCCUGGUCCUCCAUUGAACGAGAAUCAAAAAAGCUUUUUUGUAGUGCUUCCCCAGAUGUCAUUGCUGAGAGAAGUGUUCUUAUACAAGAGUGUUUACAAUCGACUCUUCACUCAAGGUUUCCUUCUGCUUCCCUCAAUCCUCUGUUUGGUUUCUUGUCCCCGUCGCAUGACAAUCCUAAUCCGCUCAAAUCUGAUUCGAACAUUACUUUUGGGAAAACUAUAUCACUGAUUGUUCAAAACAGACCAUUUAAAUCUGUGAAACAGUUGCUAGAUGAACAGCAUCGUAGUUGUGCGGGCUGCUACAUAAACUUUGGUGAUGGAAAGAGUAGGGUAGAGGAAUUUGUACAGACGCUAGGGUGGGGCCAGCCUCGUCUGUGUGAGUACAGUGGCCAGCUGUACUGCUCUUCAUGCCACAGAAAUGAGACCGCUGUCUUACCAGCAAGAGUUCUACAUUACUGGGAUUUCAGCUAUUAUUCAGUUUCUCAGAUGGCUAAAUCUUAUCUGGAUUCUAUAUAUAGUCAGGUAAUAUAUAAAGAAGGCUUCCCUAA